UUUCUCGUUGUACUUUGUUCCUUGUGAAAUUGAAAUAUAAAACAUCCAUUUUCUCUCUCUAAAAUUUAAGUUCGCUUUCGUCAGGUGAGAAUACAGAAACCUAAACGUGCAACCUGGUUCCGUCAAACCAUGUUAGAGAUUAGUAAACCUAGAUGGGACACAGAGGAUCUGAUCGAUGAUGUUUGGAGGUCUUGUGAAUACGCGAGGAAAGAAGAUGAACGAGAAAUGUAUUUAAAUGAAGUUAAUCAACUGGAAAUAUUUUACGUCAGGGAGAUGGUUGAAAUGUUUGAAAGAAGCAAAAUGGUUGCAUUUUUCCACGCUAAUCCUUUGAAGAAAAAUAAGUUUAGAAUUGCCUGGCAGAAUGGUCGGCGGGUUGGAAUGGAAUUGAAAGAAUAUCACCAUAGGGUUGGCAAGGCAGGGCUGCAGGGAACUCAAUGGGAGAACUGUUUACAAUUUUGGUUCAAGUUCCCGGGAGAUAUGAACCUUCAACCAAUCCUCUUCUCACCGGAAGUAGACCCGGCUAAACUUUUAAAAUACGAACGUAAAGUUCCUGAAUUUACAUUAAUCGGGUGUGUGGUCGAAAACCGAAUCCUGUCCCGGAGAGAACUCCAGGAGAUGGUCAAACUACCCUCCCUAGACCAGAGUAGAGGAGAGCUGCUCUCUAUACUUGGACAUCAGCAGCAGAGAACCCUACAGCUUCUUCAAUCCAACCAACAGCAGCUCUCAACCAACCUUUCUCAGAUAAUUAAAGACGCUUCUAGCAGCAGUGGGGCUGCUACUGAAUGAACAAUAGUUUAUGAAAUAAUUUAUUCUAUUUGAUUUUAAAUGUGAAUUUUAAAAACACAAAAACCAUGUUUACAUAAUUAUUUUAACUAAAUGGACUGUCUUAGAAAUUAAACUGUGCAUGCAUGAUUAACAAAGGUAUUUGUCAUUUUUUAAAGGUUUUACUCUGAUUCUGACAAUUUAUUUCUGUUGUCUCUGCUCUAUAAAUCCGCAAGUCUAUUUAGAGGAACCAGAAUUAGGAAUUAACAAGUUUCAGGUUAAAUAACAUGGCUAACUUCAUGAUAUUUGCUUAGAUAAAAGUUUACAGGGGUACUUUUGUGAAUUAGGCAUACCACACUAUUAACUGAAGAUUAACUUCUGGAUCUGUGUUCAAUCCAUCGUAAAUCUAGGACUUGGCUUCUGUAUUUAAAACCUUGUUUUGAUAUCUGUAAAAGAAAUAUUUAUUGAAAUUGUAUAUUUCAGAA